UUGCCGCAAGUCGUCACGGAUAGGAUGUUGAAGCGAGUCGGGAUCUUUUGCGGGACGCCGUUGGUCCUCGGGUUCAUGACGGGACCGGCGUUUUAUUACGCCAAAGUCAUCGCCAAACUCGAGGUGCCGAGCUGGGUAUUCUUCGUGUCUUCCACGGCGACGUUCGGGGCGGCGGUGGUCGGGAUCAGUUACGGUGUUUUGAGCGCGAGUUGGGAUCCUCGAAUGGAGGGGUCGUUUUGGGGUGGGAGCGAAUUCAAACAAAACGUGCCGAUAGUCGUGUCCACCAUCAUGGGU